AUCCUAGGCCGGGUCAGAAUGUAUGACAUAGCGCCUAUGCCUUGUAAACGUUGUUCCUCUAAACUCAUCACUACUUUUACUCUUGGUGUUACAAAACUAAUGGUAUUCUUCUGCGAUAUCGAGUCCUAUAUCAGUGGAAAUGUUCACGUCCAUUCUAAUGUGCUCAUCUAUACUCGUUCUCUUUCUUCUCCAUUCGAAUUAAAUACAGCACCGGCGAUCAAUGAUGUCACGUUUCAAGAAUUGGAAGUCCUGCUUCGUCUCACCUCGUCCCAUGUGCCCACAGUGGCCCAUGCCUUGUCGUCGGGUCGACUUUUGGUGGCUGAAAAUGGUCAAACUUCACCAUGCCUAGAUCUCCGACUGACUGCCAGUUCCUUAGCCCAUCUAGUCAAACGAGAAGGAGUGGAUUUGGUUGUGAUCGAAGGCAUGGGUCGUGCGAUACACACCAAUCUGUACGCACGAUUUCGUGUGGAUAGCUUGAAAGUGGCAGUAAUCAAAAACAGCUGGUUGGCUCGUCGUCUUGGCGGUCAGUUGUACGGUGUAGUCUUCAAAUUCGAAUCCGUACAGUCCAAUCGAAUAUCGCCCAAUCGUGAAAACACCCCAACCACCACCGGCAGCACGGAAAGUGGCUGUAGCACUGGAACAACUGUUGCCAUCGCUCAUCAAAACAGUGAUGCCAAAAAUGUGGAACAACAAGUGAACGAAACAUGA